AUGGGUGACCGAAAACGACUGAUAAUUCACGACGUUAUCACUUGGAAAGGAACCCCUCGAGUGCAGCGCCUCGCCCAUCAACGAAACCCAAACGAAUUCCCCUUGGAACCCCGGUGUCAGCGCGCUGACUUUAUUUCAACGAAUCGCUUCCAGCUACUCGUUAUCAACAAACGAUUCCCAGCCACUCAAAUCAAGGAAGAGUUCCCUGCUCGCAACACAUUCCACAAUUGGAGAGCCCACGCCCUGCGGAUGCAAGAGAAAAAGGGAUCCGUUCGAGGGUACCGACUGAACCACAUCGACCGCCGAUUUUGA